AUGCAGUCCAGCUCGUCCAGCUCCCACGCGCAGCUGGGGCACCGGUUGACGCAGUUUGUCUGCCUGGUCAACGAGCUGCAGCCGUUCUACGAGGUGCUGGAGCGUAACAACUUGUCGGCUGGCACGCUCGAGCAGCUCAUUCGGCGCUGUUCGUUCCGCACCAAGGACCCUGAGGCGUUCGACGACGGCUGGCAGCCGCCGCCGCUCACGGCGGACGGUCGCUUCCUCAGCCGCUUCUUGGUCAGGAACUGCGGCAACUACCGGCGCGAGGUGCCCGCGGCGGCGGGGGGCGAGGCGGUGCUGUCGCCGGGCCCGGUCUGCGAGCCCGCGCACGCGGUGCUGAACCGCACGCAGCUCGCGGCGAGGGCGCCGAGGUGGGUGUGGGACCCCGCGGAGUAUCAGACCAGGAGGUGGGAGCGCGCCAACAUCGUGCAAGACAUCGUCGGCAGGGAGAAGGAGCUGGGCAGGUUCCGCACCUUCACCCAGGGCCAGCCGCUGGUCAGCAUGGGCGCGCCCGCCUGGAGGAGACCACCGCCUCGCCUCCCUUCCCCGCAACCGGCCGGUUGA